AAAUGGCAUGAAUGGAGUAGAAGCCUAAGGCCAUUUGGGUGGUCUAGUUUGUAAUCCUGUAGUUCGGUAGUUAUUUUGCAUAACUUAUUUUGGUCCUUACUCCUCCAACUAGAUUGAAACAACUGAGAUGCAAAUAUUCUCCUGGGAAAAUAUGUCUGAUAAAAAUAUAACCCCUAAAGGUUAAUCUUUACUUAUCUAUAACAUUCUUUAAAGUAACAUGCUCACCCAUGUCAUGAGUGCCUGGUUGUGUCUGCAUUUCCCGACAGACAAUGUAGAAUCAGGAGUGAAAGUUGGGCGGUCCAAGUCAGAACCUUUUCUGAGCCUGCCACAGAGAUUUAAGUCUGAAUUGUUCAGGGCUUUCAGCUCCACCUUCUCCACCUUCUGUCUGUCAUUUGUCUCAUAGGACAAUUCUUUUUGGCACAUAAUUGUUGAGAUCCUGUUUGCACCUGGCAUGUAAUGAACUGGUCUUGAUGUUGCAUUUAUGUUCAAAAAAGGAAAAAAAAGUCAAAGAUGAUGAAAGACCUUCCCUUCCAGGAGUGGUUAUGAACAUUAGGUGUGCUUUUAUUAUGAAGAGUACAGCAGUUCCUAAGCUUUUAGAAUGGUGUAGACAGCAAGGAAUAAAAAGAAAAAUGGAGUCCUUUAAUGAAAGAAAUGGCACCUACUGUUUGCUGCAGCCUUUGAGAUAUUCAAGAAGUGCUAAAAUUACAACAUACAAAAAUAAUCAGGGAGAUUGGGACAGAACUUCUUUAACUCUGUACUACUUUAAUGAUUAUUUUUGUUUGUACUCAUUCUCUUCCUUCAAGGUUAUUCUUAAUUACCAGUGUGGCAAUACGUGGGAAUCUUUUGCAAUGCUAAAGCACUUAAAGAUAAGUAUGUAUAUUUUGAUUUGUUUGAACAAAGUGAUCUCUAUGACAGAUACAGAAAAGAAAGAAUUUCUGUUCUGAGAUCAGAGGUAUUCAAGACAACAAAACUUUGAUUUAGAAAUGUACAAACCAUUUCCCAUCAUCAGGCUAAGCAAAGUAGGUCUGCGAGGAAGAUAAUUCAUGUCAUGUAUAUAAAGCAAGUCAAAUUCCAGCUACUACAAAGCUUUUAUGUAAGACUUUGCUGACCCGAUAGGUGGUGGAAUAUAAAUAGAUCAACAGUACACCCUUCCUUCUGCUGUUCUACCUAAUCCUUCCUUGCCUUCAGGAUUGAAGAGUAUUUGAUCUAUUGAGUCUUAAACCAGACAUUGUUUCCUACAAAAAAAAAAAAAAAAAACAACAGGAAAAUGAAAAUUUAACGGUCUAAGAGAGUUCUUGUGAUUUUAGAAUGUUAGAAUGAGAAGCUGAAUUAGGAAUAUACUGGUGUUCUUUUUUUUUUUCCAUAUAUAUUAACUUCACAAAACUGUAACUGCCUGGCUCUACUUGCUCUCCUUAGCUACCCCUGCCAGGUGGCUUGACAAGCCUCUUCAAAGAGUAAUUGUGUUAAACCUAUAUUAAUUUACUUUCUCCUUUUCAAUAAUACUUAAAAUGCCCUCUUCAUCCUGCCUGCAGGUCUCCACUGCUGCUCGGGAGAUGGAGCACUUUUUAUUUUUAGUAACAAUAUCUCUCAUGCUGGGAUGGAAGAAUCUUCAACCAAUUAAACACAUUAGAAGAUAACUCUGUGUGUGGGUUUGGUUCAAGAUAUCCAUUUUCCUCACUCUGGGGUAUGUCCUAGUACCAGCCUUUCUAUCCAAGAUGACAGAAAUAGUGAGAUAAGCUCCUAACUAGGUAAGAAGUACAGCUGCUGCUUUUGUCAGGUAUUCCUUUGCCAAAAAAUCACUUGCGAUGGGUUUUGCCUAUUUUUUUUUUUAUUCCAUUACAGUUAAGUCUUAUAAAUUAUCUUGAUUUUGACUGAGGAUUUUUUUCAGAUGCCCGUUUCUUUUUAAACCUUUAUUUUUUUUUUAAAACAGAAUUAAUCUCUUGAACGUGAAGUGUUUUUUCCAAUAGAAGAGGAUUGUGUGUUUGCACUCUUAAGAUUUGAUGAUUUGUUCUUGCUUUUUAAUGCUUAGUUACUAGGAAAAAACUUGUGGACUGGCUAGAGUAUUUCAUCCCUUCAAAUAUUUUAACUGUGUGGAUACACUCUGAAAACCAGAUUGAUUUCAUUUUUUUUUAUUUGCAGAAGCUGGAAAAGCAUGUCCUGAACCUGCACAUGCAUCUAUCUAGGUAGCAAAGCCUUUGGCUACCCUGAUACUAAACCUUUUUUUCGUUUGAUAAGGAAUUUACAUGGGUUAACAAUGCCCAGAUUGUUUAAAUACAAGAUAUUUUCUAAGAAUUGUGGCAUGCAUUGCUGACCUGUAUGCUCUCAUGAGCAGGGAUAUAGUCUUGAGCUUUUUAUUUAUUCUUCAUCUUUAAUUUGACAGUCAGAGUGCAAAGCCCAGGGCAGGCUGUCCUGCAUGGAUUUAUUCUUACAGUGGAAAGUCAAUACGGAAUAAAGUCUGGCAGCAUUUUAUAGAAGUGUAACACCCCAAAUCUUAGCAGAUCUAGCAUUGUUCAGCAUGGCAGCAUAACUCGUGUCAUCUCUCUCGGACUGGACUGAGAGAUGAAUCCUUGUAGGGAGAAGUGACAGAGAUCAGUAGCCUGCAGUAGUGUUGUCUCUCACCAGAAAUAGUAGGUCACUAUCACUCUAUGCGUUUCAAGUAAGGAUCAUAAUUAAGCUGUGAGGCUAUAUGUACUCUUUGAAGGGCAGUUCUAAUGUAAUACUUUGAAAAUGGUAAACGUGAUUUCAGAGUACUUUAAAUAUUAUUAGAGAAGAGGGACAGGAAGGCAAGGCACAGCAAGGAAAAAGGAAGACAGUCCAUUAGUUGAGAGUACUGAUAUGGCAUUUGGGACGCUGGAUCAGCUCCGUUGCUAGGUUUGCUGUUCUGGUUAGUGUUUCAUCUCCAGUUCAGAGGAUCUUGUCUACUGCUCAGUUUGGCAUUACACAGCCUGUGGCCAGGCCUGUGAGCUCAGAGCUCCCACUGGUAAUCAAUAGUGAACAAAUAGCAAGUAAAUAAACUUCUGAGGAGAAUGAUUUUUUAAAGGUAAUACAGGUUUUGAUAAACAAGUGCCCAAUUUACUGAAUUACCAUACAGCUAAUAGUGAAGAGCGUUUGCAUCAAAGGGUGUUGUGAAGAUAAAUGAAUUUGUCAGUGAGAUGCUCAGAUUGUCUCAUUUGUUAUUUUUCCCUUGUACAUGGCAUUUGAUAGAUUGCACACUGCUUUAAAUGCAAAUAGCUUCACCCUGACUGGUUUGUAUGUUUGUCUGUGGGACGAUGUUCUGAAAAAUGGUGGAUUUUUUUUGACAUUUUAAAAUACAGUUGGGGCAGUUCCAUCCUGCAGGUUGCAUUGGCUGGGGACUUUGAGUUUUCCAGCCAGCACCACGUGAAAUGCCCAGCCCCGCUGCAGGUUCUUCUUGCCAUUUUGCUGCUCAUCUUCUCUCUCUGACUUGCCUGCCCACAGCCCCUGUCUCCCUUGGUUUGCUAGCUGGGGAGAGAUCUCCGCUUUCCAGCUUUUUGCCAGGAUAUGGAGGUGGCAUAUGGGGCCCUCCGAGAAUGAUGCUUUCCAUCUUCUCCCCCUUUCACUUUUGCCUUAAUCCCAGAAGCAAUGGUAGAUAUUAUGUGUUUUAGAACAAGUCUAGAAGGACUUGAGCAGACUGCCUGAUGCUCCCUCUUCUGUUGUUGCUGAGUUUUGGAAGCUGUAACGCCAUGCCUGUGUCAGCAGACCCUGUGCACAUAUUCCCAGUGGUGUUCUCCCUCUUGCCCUUUCAGUGGGACACGGAAAGUCUGGCCAGCCUUCAGGAAGGGAAAGGCUGCUCACAUCUGCACUGAAGCAGCCACCUUCCCUUCCCUCCUCCACACACAUAAUUUUGAAACAAAUGUUACUCUGUAAUGCAAAAUUUGCUAAAGCAUCUGUUUCUUCCUUGGAGCUCUGGAAAAAUUUGAUCAAUGUGACAAGUUUGUGUGAGUCUGCCUGGAAACUGUGUAUGUUAGAGGAUGAGUUCAAUAUGCAUAUCUAUCUCUGACAGCUCCUAUUUAUACCUAUGUCAAGGUCCAUAUUGUUCCUCUUCUGUUUCUCUACCUCCCCAGUCAGUUCCUUCAGCAGUUGGCCUCUCCUCUUCUCCCAGAUAGCCUCCAGUCUCUUGUCUAGGAAGUACUGAGUACAAAGGUUGCACUAAACCAGCAAAAGGAAACACCUGGAAAGGCGCUGGUUUGCGUAGCUGCAUCUCACAGAUCCUGCUCUAUUCAGCCUGCUUGUGUUUAUGCCAGUGACUCCUUGGAGCCACCCUGAUGAGCUGCAGAGCAGGAGGCAGCUGUGGGACCUUGGGCUAAACUGGAUGAACCUUCGGGAUGCAGAAACAGGGAAAAUCCUCUGGCAAGGAACAGAAGAUCUGUCUGUGCCUGGAGUGGAGCAUGAAGCUCGAGUUCCUAAAAAAAUCCUGAAAUGCAAAGCAGUGUCUCGGGAGUUAAACUUUUCCUCAGCAGAACAAAUGGAAAAAUUCCGACUGGAACAGAAAGUUUAUUUCAAAGGGCAGUGUCUAGAAGAAUGGUUCUUUGAAUUCGGUUUUGUGAUUCCUAACUCCACAAACACUUGGCAGUCUUUGAUAGAGGCAGCACCUGAAUCACAGAUGAUGCCAGCUAACGUUUUAACUGGUAAUGUUAUUAUAGAAACCAAAUUCUAUGAUGACGAUCUUCUCGUAAGCACUUCCAGAGUGAGACUUUUCUACGUUUGAGAUGGGGCUUUUUGGAGCUGUUUUAGUUUUCCUCCAUACAGUUCUUGGUGCAGAACCCCCCGACUAUCCAGUGGAAGACACUCCUGUAGGCGGUGACCCCUGGGGACCAGCUCAACGUGGGUUGUGACCUUUGCCCAUCAGUUAUUUUGCUUUCUCCUCUGACAAGACCAGACCAAACCCUCAGAGACAGGACCAGCUGCUCAGCGAUGCACUGGGGAAUAGAAGCUGUCUCUGAACACGGGCAAACGAUGGUCAUGCAGAACCAAUACUGUAAAUUAUGUUAGUCUCCUCCUUUGUACUGCUCUGGAUCCUGGUAUAAUCUCCCAUUUCCACUUACGCCAAACUCUCAAUGCGUUUCAUUUUUGGGGGAUUAAGUUAACCUUUUCAUUUUUCUCGUGUUGUAGGUUUUUAUCCUUUCACUGGAUUCCUGUGUAACUGGUCCACACAUCCUCUUACCUGAACUUGUAAAAUAGACUGUGAUAUCACCUAAUGUAAUUAAAACAACUUUCUCAAUUAAAACAUUCCUACCGUCCAAAGAAGGGAAGAAAUGUUA